AUGACUGCGAGCGGGGAGUUCCAUUUCGGGCUGCUGCGGGUGGCCGUGUUGCAGUUGCUCAAGGCGGUCGGAUUCGACAGGGCAAAGCCGUCGACAGUGGACACCGUCGCGGACCUGUACGUGCGGUUCCUCGAGUUGCUCGUCGACGAGGUGCGGAGGCUCGCACAGGCGCGGUGCGGUGGUGAGCUAGACGAUAUUGCAUUGCAGGAUGUCUCGCUGGCGCUCGCCAACCUGCACGUCGUGCGAGGUGGGGACGUGUUGGACGUGUAUGGGGAGAACCCACAUGCAUUGGGGCAAGGACCGGGGCCCUGGGAACAGUUCCGUGAGUGGUGUGGCGCUGAAAGUGACGGUGGUAUUGCUGCGGAUGCGAGGGUAGUGGCAGCACCGCCCAUUGAGCUGCUGAGGAGUUCCACUGGGGCGGACCAGACGCAGACAAACACGCUCAAGACGGCAUUCACCGUGGGACCCAAUAGAGCCCUGGAUACCGCGGCCGCGGCUGCCGCGACAGCACAGGAGGAUGAUAACGUGCGCAGGGAGAACGAACUAGUGGAAGAACUCAUACAAUCUGGGGACACGGACGACUGGCUCAGACUGCUCGUCACGAGGCAGAAAUUGGCAGCGUGGACGAGAGCAAGGGCCAGAGCCGGGACGACUGCUACCACGAGGACGAGAAAUGCACAGGUAGAACUCCCGGAGGCCGCGGCACAGCUCCCGGGGAUCAACGGGUGGAGACACUCUGUACUUGCAGCACGAGUACCGAGUGGCGCAGGGCACACGAUUCAAGCGAGCACGCAGAACGAAUACGUCCCUGCAGACGUGGACGUACCGGCGCAUCAUGUGCUCGCACUCGCAUCGAAACUGCCAACAAUGAUGCAGGACUCCAGGCUCGAAAACGUUACACUCUCCUAUGAGAACGACCAGAACAGCGAUAGCGACACAGAGCGGCACUCACAAAUGCACAACAACACUAACAGUAACGAAAAUAAUUUACAGUUCACAGAGAUGGAGGACAUGGAUAACACCUUCCAGAGAAGACAGUCUAUAGAUUUUGACCAGUCUUACCCAUAA